CCACUUUUCCCAAAAAAGACUCGGCGUCUGCUUCAAUUCUUUCGUUCUUGCACAGAUCCUUUGGAAUCUAACCCCUAAAAAGGAUUUCCCCGUCGAUUUCGUGUUUUAAGAUUCAUCUCGUCCGAUCUGACUUCAAAAAUCUCUCUCAAUCUUCACUUCCUUUUAACCCUUUGCCUCAUUCGUCCGUAACACACAAUCGUGUAUAUACAUAUAAAUAUAUCAUCAUCAUCAUCAUCGAGUCUUACAUUAAUGUGUUUCAAAAAUCAUAUUUUGAUUUGAUUUUUGACUACACCAUUUUUACUAUCUCGAUGAUGUAGGUUCUAGGGUUUUAUACUGAUUCAUUGUUUUUGUUCAUCUGUAUAUCAUAAAAUCGGUACCCAAAGCUUCCUUGUUAGCUUUGAACUUUUUCGCAUCGCUAGAAUACAUCCUCAUUAUUCUCCGAACAUUUUCAUAUCAAACUUUGUUUAUAGAUUUUGGAAAUUAGGGCUGUGGAGACUUUUGUUUUGGCGAAUACUUGCUGUGGAUUUAGGUGGAUCUGGUGGAUUUUGUAGAUUUUAGCUUUUUGAGUCGGUGAAUUUUGUCAAAACAAUUGAAGAACGGAAGAUAAUUAUUUGGGUUUAUUUGGUUGGGAUUUAAUCAUGGAUCAUGUGAUUGGUGGAAAGUUUAAGCUCGGGAGGAAGAUUGGUAGUGGAUCAUUUGGAGAGCUUUAUUUGGGAGUAAAUGUACAAAGUGGAGAAGAAGUUGCUGUGAAGCUGGAAUCUAUCAAGACCAAGCACCCCCAACUUCAUUAUGAGUCCAAAUUGUACAUGCUUCUUCAAGGAGGAACUGGUGUUCCCCACCUGAAAUGGUUUGGUGUUGAAGGGGAAUACAAUGCUAUGGUCAUUGACCUUCUUGGACCCAGUUUGGAAGACUUGUUUAAUUAUUGCAAUCGGAAGUUGACACUGAAAACAGUUUUAAUGCUUGCAGAUCAGUUGAUAAACAGAGUUGAAUAUAUGCAUUCAAGGGGUUUUCUUCACCGUGACAUAAAGCCAGACAACUUUUUGAUGGGUCUAGGACAGAAGGCAAAUCAGGACAUGCUUGCAGUUUACAUUAUUGAUUAUGGUCUUGCGAAGAAGUAUAGGGAUCUCCAGACUCACAAGCAUAUAGCAUAUAGGGAAAACAAAAAUCUCACAGGCACAGCUCGUUAUGCCAGUGUUAACACCCACCUUGGAGUUGAGCAAAGCAGGAGGGAUGAUCUGGAAUCUCUUGGUUAUGUACUCAUGUAUUUCCUGAGAGGAAGCCUUCCCUGGCAGGGGUUGAAAGCUGGCACUAAGAAGCAGAAGUAUGAUAAAAUUAGUGAAAAGAAGAUGCUUACUCCCAUUGAGGUGCUUUGCAAAUCUUAUCCUUCCGAAUUCAUAUCAUAUUUUCAUUAUUGCCGAUCAUUGCGAUUUGAUGACAAGCCUGAUUAUUCGUACUUGAAGAGGCUUUUCCGUGAUCUGUUCAUUAGAGAAGGUUAUCAGUUUGACUAUGUAUUUGACUGGACUAUAUUGAAGUAUCCCCAAAUUGGCUCCAGUUCUAGAGGAAGGACGACUGCAAAAUUUCCAUUGAACCCUGGACCAUCAGCAGAGAGAGCAGAAAGGACCACCCCAGUGAGACAAGAGGUUCGAGAUAGAUUCUCAGGUGCAGUCGAGGCACUUACUAGACGGAAUGGUUCUGGUAGCGGUUUGCAUAAUGAUCAUCCGAGGCACAGAUCUUCAGAGCAUGUAACAUCGUCUAAGGAUGUGCAUGGUGAUGGUGACAGAGGUCGCAUUUCACGGAAUGGUAGUACUUCAAAGCGAGCAGUCGUGUCAAGCAGCCGGCCAAGCUCAUCUGGUGAGCCAAGUGAUGGUCGAACCAAGCGGCUGGGCUCAGGCAGUGGUCGCAUAUCAACCACCCAAAGACUUCACUCUCAACCUGGAUUUGAGUCCAAGUCAUCGUCUUUCACGCGUCCUGUAGCCUCAAGAGGUGGUCGUGAUGAUGCUCUUCGGAGCUUUGAGUUGUUAACCAUUGGCACAGGAGGUAAGAGGAAAUAGAGAAACUAUCACUUAUUUAAUAUAUGGUCCCUGGAAGUACAACUUGCAUCUGCAUAUGUUUCCAUCAAUUUCCAUAAUCUGUUCACAGCGAAACCUAAAAAUUGGUUAUUGGUUCGUUAUUUCUUUCUUCCCACUGUAAUGUUUGCUUUUGGUUCUAUGUUGGAGACCUUGUCGUUUAAGCUUUAUUUUUUCAAGAGAAACGGUCAUUUACAUGU